AUGUCGCCUCCGGAAACAAUACCGUCGUCAAAAUACAACAACGUCGAGCUCGUUCCCUGGGAUCCCGACAGCGACGCCCAUGCGCAGCGCUUAUACGAGCAGCGCGUGGCGUGUACGUGGGACCAGGACCUGAUUGACGAGUGGAAGGUCAAGGUGCGAGAGGGGAACAAGUUUUUUUAUUGGAUUAAACUCAGCGAUGAUCUUGCGGGAAAGGAUGAGUUGUUAGCAAAGCACAUUGCAAAAUACCCGACAGAAAAAGAAGCCAUCGUCGAUACAGCAACUACCCUCGCCAACUCACCCAGAACGCCAACUCUCACAACUUUCAUCCCAAUCGGCCACAUCGCCCUCGAUCUCUAUCCAGACCGAAACACGAAAUUCUCUCUUCCCCAAUCCACGGUAUGGAUUAAAUCACUCUACAUCUCACGAACCAUGCAAUCCGGCGGCUUCGGCCGCUCAGCAAUGUACCAAAUCGAGCAUCUGGCCACCUGCCCGCCCCUCAACGCCACAACCAUGGCCCUCGACACCUCGACAAAGGAGUACCAGACAAGGCCGGAAUAUCUGGCCUAUCACUCUGCCCUGAGCGGGCGCAAGAUCGAGGCCAAGGAUUUCCGAUCCAACGAGGAGUGGUAUGUGCGGCAGGGGUACCAGGCGAUUGCGAGGAAUGAGCGUGGCUAUACGUGGGUUGAUCCGAAGACGGGCGUCGAGGAGGUGAUUCCGUGCGUGUUUUUGAAAAAGGACAUUGUUUGA